GUUGUAGCACACACACACUCCGUACAUCCUCAAAGGUUCACGGUAGCCUCAUCCGUGUCGCAACUCGUCCAACUGUGCCUCACUCCCACCGCACAUCAAUAUCUUCCCGGCCCCAGGCCAAAUUACGAGCCGAGCCUGAGCCGCCCAACAUUUUUCACCUGCCCGAAUCAACAUGAUCUGCUCGGGGCCAGGGCCAAUGGUCACACCGCAGCGCAGCGGGCACAGUUCCAUCGCGCAGUGCCACCGACACUCGCGAUUCCAUCGUGCAAUCUGGAGUCUCGGGCGCCCACGCCUCGCCGGGCUGGGGUGGUGCUUGCGGGCAUGGAGGUACCUAGGUAGGUGCCCGGGUGUGCCAAGGGCCUCCUUCCACGGGAAUCACUGAAUCACCGAGACGGAUGGAUGCCUGUACUUCCAUUUAUCACUUAGGACCACUUGCCCGCGUCGCGACUUGGUUGGGUCAUUGCAAGAACCACGUUGCCCGCCAGCCCGACUCUUCAUCACUGCCAGUCUCCUGCUGUCGUCAUGCAGAACGAGAAGCACCUUCUGGAACCCAGAGUAUCGCCGUUGGGCGAUGAGUUCAAGACUGCGUCGUUGCAAGAUGCGUCGUCUCUCGCCAGCGACAGAGGCACGGGGGAGAGCCGUGGCCGGCCUGACGCAUGCACCCGCUCAAGGGUGUCCCGAGCCAGGGGCGUUGCCAUGAUAGUUUCACUUUCCGGCAUCAGCUUUCUCAACACCAUGGGGUCUGGCAUCCUGAUUGCGGCCCUGCCUCGCAUCGCGAAGGACGUGGGCCUGGACAAGAGUCUGAUAUUGUGGCCAGCAGCUGUCUACGCCCUCGCAGCAGGUUGCCUCCUCCAUGUUUUCGGCAGCAUCGCAGAUAUCCUCGGCCCCAAGCCAACCUGGGUCACUGGCAGCUUUCUCUUCAUCAUUUUUACCGUAGCCCUUGGCUUUGCAACCUCGGGCAUACAGGUCAUCAUGUUUCGCACAUGCCUCGGCAUCGCCAUGGCAAUGUGCCUGCCUACCACCGUGUCCCUGAUCACAAACACUUUCCCCAAGGGCAAGUGGAGAAACACGAGCUUCGCAAUGAAUGGAAUGGCUCAGCCACUGGGUUAUGCCCUCGGCCUCGUACUCGGCGGCGUGUUCACCGACACAAUCGGGUGGAGGUGGUCGUACUACAUCAUGGCCAUCAUCAACUUUUGCCUGUCCAUCGUCUCAAUCUGGUCCCUCCCUACUGUUCAGCAUGUGUCGUCAAAGUCUUGGACGAGGCGGCUCAUCGAGGAUGUGGACUGGAUCGGGGUGAUAGGGCUGAGCAUCUCGUUAGGGCUGUUGAUGUACAUCCUCGCAGUGGUGACAUCCGAUUUCCGCAAGAUCAGUCAGCCGGCGACCGUCGUCCUACUGCUCGCGUCAUUUGUGCUCCUUGCUGCGUUUCCGUUCUGGAUGCACCACCAGGUUCAGCACAAUCGACCAGCUCUCAUCCCUAACCGUCUAUGGAGACAGCCUGCCUUCACUGCAGCAUGUCUGGGAGUGUUCUUCUGUUGGGCUUCCCUGAACGGAAUCGAAUACUUCACCACGUUGUAUUUCCAGCAGGUGCAAGGGCUUUCCGCGCUGGACUCGUCGAUCCGCUACUUUUCCCAGAUAGCCAUGGGCACAUCCAUCAACAUCGCACUCAUCUACCUCAUCCCUCGCGUGCGGGUCGUUACGCUAUGCGUCAUCACGGCGGCAGCCACAUUGGUCUCUCCCGCUCUGAUGGCCACGGCGGCGGAGGACGAAAACUACUGGCUGCGGCCAUUCUGGGCGCUGCUCCUCUGUCCCAUCAACCCUUGGGUCCUUUUCAGCGUGUGCAACCUAGUCAUAUCCGACGCCUUUCCGCCCGAGAUUCAGUCGCUCGCGGGAGGUGUCUUCAAUGAGGUCGCCCAGUUUGGAAACUCGGUAGGCUUGGCUGUGACAGCGGCCAUUGCAGCAUCCGUUACCGAACACUCCACAAGCACCUCGGAAACGGCGGCGCUGAUGGACGGAUUUCGAGCUGCCUUCUGGACAGUCUUUGCGAGCACGGGUAUGGUGAUGCUCGUCACCUUUGUUGGCUUCCGAAAGAUUGGCACAAUUGGAAAGUGACGGGAUUCCGCAGGAGUGCACGCAGCGACUGAACUUGGCUCCCGAAGACGUCACCUACGAGACUGCAGGUCGUCGAUGAGACGAGAACUUUAGGCUACGCAACUUUUGUGCGGCUCUCAACAUGAAACCGGUGUAUUCCUUAUAGUUGUUUACGCUAUUAAUCCAUACCGCGAACAUGAAAAGUGAAGUGGCAACCAGAGACAACAACAGAGGUCAAGUCUACCCUGCCACGCUGGAGCUGCUGAUGAAACAUUGUCCGCUCGUCACGAGCUUACAUCCUCCUCCCUCCACCCUAGUUGCAUGGCCAUUGCUCAAAGCCAGAGAGAGACUAUUUUAGUCUCGCCGUAUGACUGCCUUGCCGGCUUUCUAGUGAGCGGCGCCGUCGGGAGCGAUGCCUUCCAGCCUUGUCUGUGCGGUACGAGGCAGAGCCACGUGUCCACGCACUGUAUUCUCUUUCCACUAUUGUUGGCACCGUAUUUCUUUAAACGCUGGGUCUUGAGCGUUUACUACUGUAUGAAGGUGCCACAUACAUUUUAUAUGUAUGGGGGUUAAAAACGAAACCACUUUAAUGUUGUGGCCGCCCGUGCCGAUCGCAGUCAGUCCGCGUCAACUGGAUCGUCGCCACAUCCAAGGGGCCGGUCUCAACGGCGGAGCCGAGGGUGAAGCUGAGGCUCAGGAGAGAGUCCAGCGCGUUGCGAAUAGAAUCCAUAUCACGAGUGCUGGCAAAAAUAGUGUUGCCGCAACGACAAGAUAACUGCCACCUGGCCACACGAGACAGUCUCGCUUGUCGCCGUCGACAAGAGCAGUCUUGACAGCAGCAAUUAUACUUGCUCUCCACCAUCCCAUGGUUUCUGCCAUCUCGGGCUAAUUACCCUCAACCAUACAAGUGUAUCGCCAUGAGUGGGAUCGAUGCUGCAGAUCUGACACUUGUAGGCGCCUUGAUUCACUCAGUUGUUGUCAGCGAUGGGUUGCCGUAUUGGCGCGCCCUCAGAAUGGUCAAGAGUCACUUGUCAGCAUGCCAUAUCCGAUUCAACAACUCGUUGUCACUGUGGAAGUGGCCUGUGCAGGAAGCCAGAUUCUCCUGGGUUGGCGCCGCCCUGUACAUACCUAGGUAUGUAGUCUUCAGAGACAUUCUUGAGCUCUACUUACUGUGUCAAUUGAGUUGCUGUCGACGCUCAGGUGAUACCUGAAAGAACCCCUCUCAAACUCGUCGCUAACCGCAUAUGGGCCAGGGAGCCCAGCCGGGUGAUUCGGACCGAGCAGGACGGAUCUCCGCCGAAGUUUCUCUGGCCGGCUUCACGGCGGUGUCUAGCGGCAUGGUGUAGUUCAACUGUUGCUUGCAACAGAUGUAGAUCCCCGCCCAAAGUGCCGUGACUGUGGGCCGUUUGCUAGGCUACUCCAGUCUCCAAGUCAUGGUGUGGGGAUGAACGGGUGUUUUGUUGUGGGGAGACUGGGGCAACAGGCCGAAGUGCGGUUGGGUGGGAAAUGCAGGGGGAAACCGCCCUUACGUACGGCGGCUCGUAACUUUCGAAGAGCCAACACUCGUUGCCGAGCUGCGGCGGGGAUUGUAAUAUCAGACGUUCAUGGCGGACAUCAACGUAUGGCAGACUGUUGGACGUGACUGCGCGUGACGACAAAGUGCACACUCAUCAGGUCGCCGAGGGUGUUAGAAGCGCAGAGAACGGGCCCGGGGGGUGUCGUCAUGCAGUCGUCGACCCCGUCAGCCCUGUCAGCCCCGCGGGUGUUGCGACUGUGGUGUCCGACCCGGACUCGUUGCUGACUGAGCAAGCCAUCAGGACAACAAGGGGAGUUGGUCGUAUACGAUGUGUACGUUAGGAUUGCAUUACUUAGCAUCUUGGUAGCGGGCUGCCGUUCGAUGACCUAUGUCCCUAAGUACCUAGGUUCAAAGUGCGGUUGUGUGAAAUCGUAGGUCGAUGGUAGGUACACAGUAGAUGGUUAGUCUGCUGCUAAACCCACUUGGGCUGGCGGCUGGCAAGGUCAGCCCUUUCAC